ACUUGAUGGAGAAGGAAGCGGUAGCCAAGAUGGCUGCGUCCGCGGACGGGCAAGCUCGGUACGGGCACUCCGUGAAAGGUUUGCUCACCGAGAAGGUUGGUACGUGCGGUGCUGACGUCAUCGCGCUCACCAAGCAGGUGCUGAAAGGCUCGCGCAGCUCGGAGCUCCUUGGCCAAGCAGCCCGAAAUAUGGUUAUGCAAGAAGAUGCCAUUUUACAUUCUGAAGAUAGCCUCAGAAAAAUGGCGAUUAUAACGACUCAUCUACAGUACCAACAAGAGGCUAUUCAGAAAAAUGUUGAACAGUCGACAAACCUCCAGGACCAGCUGCGGCAUCUAUUGAAAUAGGAAGAAUGUUAUAAAUAGUACUAGCAUCACGGAGGACGUAUCGCAAAUUGUUUGCUUUUCGGUGCAGAUAUAGAUUCCACUUUCAUCGCAGCAUGUGUUGGCUAUUACUUAAAGAAACACUCCGAGCACCAUAACAACUUCAUUGAAAUUAAGUUGCUAAAGUGCCAGGAGGUCCCUGGCACUGGCUCACCUUAAGGGUGACUGGCUGAGAGGCAAGGAGAAGAGCACAAACUUUGUGGUUAAUCCGUUUGACAAUGGUUUAACACCUUAAGGUGAACCAGAGAUCUCAGAAGAUCAUUUAGAUGAAGUUGUUAUGGUACCUAAACUGUCCCUUUAAAGGAAACACACCUUUUUCCUCAUUUUUAUUUACAGUGUUCUAAAUUGCUUGUUGUUUACAGAGUCAGUGGAUUUAAACAUGAUACGUUCCCAUCACCGGCAUCAUCUACAAAAUGAAGACCUAACAUCACUAACUCAUACUGUAUUUAAAUAUUUUCCUUAAAAGUGGAAGAGCCUUAUACGAAUAUAACUUGUUAAAAUGAAUUGCUUUGUCUAUGUAUAAAGAUAUGUAUAUUUGGAUUUG